UUGCUGUCAUUCUCCCGUCAAAACAAUACACCCAAAAGAAAAAUCACGAGUUAUUUCCCCCGCAUAUCUGCCUCCAAUCGGCUACUCGCAUUAUUAAAAACCGUUUAAAACCUCUCCACCGAAUUGAGGACAAAUGAAACAAGUGUAAGUGCAUCGCCAGUAUCAAAGACUCCAUCUGGACGAUGAGAAACAGACAAAGAGCUUGACAGUGACGGGAAUGAAGCGCGUUCGUAUUGGAUUUAUUCUAAUUGCCUUCAAAUACACAGUGUUGAGUUAUUUCGUGUGGCGGUAUUUUAGAAACAGGGCGGAGCCGAAGCCCCCGAGUGACACUUGAUAAUUUCUGUGAUUUCCGAAAGAAUUAAGGGACAAUUGGGGCGCAGCUCCGUGCGAGGAUGGAGAUCGUUGUGUCUUGGAAAGGGGAAAUCAGUGGUUGACACAACUCGGAGUGGGGAAAGUCGCGAAAUUGCGUCACGAUUGAAUUUUUCAUAAUAUUAUUGUGACAACAGUUGGCUUUUCAACCAAAAUGCGCAUCUGCGUGCACACGACUUGCUGAGGAGUAAAAUGUUUCGCUGAGAUCUCGAGGUCUGGGAUAUCUCGAAGUGGUAGAAAGAUGUAUGGGGGUGGUGAGCAGACAGUGUCCGAGCCCUGGCGCAAGGCUCUGGACCUGGGGACGACUGCGGAUCCUAAUGCCAGCUCGUCUACUGACGAUGAUGAUCAUUUUUGCAAGCUUGUGUUGUAUAAGGAGAUCCAAGAGUCUAGGGUACGAAUAUGGGAUUUAGUGAUACUGAUACCAAAUUUAGUGUUUCUUCUAUUCAUCCUUGUGAGAUUCAAUCGUGCUAGGCUCAAGUUACGUGCAACAAGUAGUCCAAUAUAUUUAGCAUUUUACGGACUCGUUUUCUGUAACGUUGUAAUAUCAGUGAUAAGGUGUGUGGUGUCAAUGACAGUUAAUGCUGCUGCCGAUGUUGGUGAAAAAGCAGACAAAGUGUUGUGGGUGACAGUUAGGUUCUUUCUUCUCUCCACAGAGAUGAGUGUUGUCAUAUUUGGACUGGCGUUUGGGCACCUGGACAGCCGCUCCAGUAUUCAGAGAGUACUGCUGGCCACCUCGUUCAUAUCCCUAGCGUUCACGAUAACUCAGGGAACACUUGAGUUGGUUUUACCGGACGAUACAUUCCACAUUCCUAGUAGAGAUUUUUACGUAUUUGGACAUGGGGGCAUGAUGUUCUGGUUCUGCAGCAGUCUCGUAUUCACGCUUAUUUACCUUUUCAUACUUAUUCUACCGAGGACAAGACUGCGGGAGAGAUUGAAUUUACCUACGAAAAAAAGUUUUUACAUCUACGUCGGAGCUUUAGCAGCCUUGAAUCUGAUACAAUCAAUCGGAGCAGGACUUCUGAAUUACACUCAAAACCCAGCUGGACUGUGCGUCGUGGAUUUCACAGCCGCGCUAUACCUGACGUUUUUUACACCGCUCGUUUACCACACCUUCUUAUCAGAGGUCUUUGGAGUAUCCCAGCCAUCGAUUCAGUUCUCCUACAAAGCCCAGGUGGACGAUGGAAUGGAAGAGGACACAGUGUCCCUCCCCCACCAGCAGAGUUUCUCAUCAUUGAAAACCGACAGCGACUACAUAUAUCAGGUCCAUACUCCGUCUAUUCACAUGCCCUUAUACGAGUCGCUCACAGCAAAACCGCCCGCCUUGAAGCAGCGAACCUCCCUGUACUCCCUAUCAUCCAGGAGGGAUCCCAAGACCCCUGGUACAAGUCGCUAUAGUUCCCAAGCAACUCUGUACGCCUUGUCGCCAGAGGCUAGAAAAUUACGUCAGCGUAGUUCACAAACUAGUGUAACAGAUCUUGUUGAUCAGCGUACUAAUCUUGUACUAUCACCCAGUACAGCUAGUAAUUUUAUGUACACACCAAAGGAUAACGAUAGUAGGGCCAAUUUAUUCACUCAAUCGGGCAAAUCGAGUCUUGAGAAUACACUGAGUACAUUGUCAACUGAUGCCGUUGACGAGUCGAGUCGUAAAAAUUCCAUCAGAAUGACAGAGCAAUCGAAAUUGGUGACCAAAAGCCCUUCCACGAGUGUCUUGCCCCCUCUUGAGAGUAGUCUUCAGAACAUACUCGACAGUGAUAAUGACGGUUGCUCGAGGGCAAUGUUGCGGAGGAAUUUGGCAUCCGGUCAUUCAGUUAAAUCACUAGAUCUGGAAAUUGGCAGGGAGACACGUGAUAUCGCUAGUACAUCGACUUGUGAUUACUCUAAACGCGAAUGGGUGGGGGGUAGAGAUAGGCAUGGGGGAGGGGAAUCCGGUGGCCUUGGGGAUUACUUGCAGUCCAUUCAAUCACCUGUUUACCAAAGUCCAAUGACACGGAAGGAUAAGGAAGAUUCACAUUCACCUUUGGAUCGAGGAGACAAUUGAGGGUCGAUUUGUCUUGAAGUAAAUUACAGGACUUGUUAUAGCGAUUUGUUAAUAUGUAGCUCGUAUUUUAGGGUAAAGGGGUGCAAUGGGGAACAACGUCCAUUACACUUCAAUUCAUUUUUCUUUAGUAUCUCCCAAAUUGCGGGAGGAAAAUCAGUAGUGAAGGGGUAAAACGGCUGAGUUUUUUAAGAAUAUCUCCGAAUCUAAGGGAGAUAUCGAAA